GUAGCAUUGGCAAACGGCUACUAAAAACACGCCCAAAAGCACUCUCGACACCGUCAACGUCUUCGUGAAUGAUGGUGGCGCGGGUAGCGAGAAAAUACUCCUAAGUAGUGUACAAAACCACCGGUCAGUGGUUAGAAAGAGACAGAGAGAGACUGCGAAACCCUAGUUUCUCCCUCUGCACAACUCCUCUCGUUUAAACUGGAAUUGUAAAAGAUUCCACAAUCAAAUUCAACAUGAACAAGCUGGGUCGAGGGCACCGUGACAAAGUUCAGCAGUUCGUGACAAUCACUGGAUCCAGUGAAAAAGCUGCCCUUCAGGCUUUGAAAGCCAGCAAUUGGCAUCUUGAAGGAGCUUUUGAUGUCUUCUACAGUCAAACACAGGUUAAACCUUAUGCUGAUACUAGACGCGUGGAAGAACUUUACAACAGAUACAAAGAUCCGUACGUUGAUAUGAUUUUGGUUGAUGGUAUCACACUCCUUUGCAAUGAUCUUCAGGUUGAUCCCCAAGAUAUUGUUAUGUUAGUUCUUUCUUGGCACAUGAAGGCUGCCACCAUGUGUGAAUUUUCAAAGGAGGAGUUUAUUGGCGGUUUACAAGCUCUGGGGAUAGAUUCGCUGGAGAAACUCCGUGACAGGAUACAACUUAUGCGUUCUGAGCUGAAAGAUGAGCAAAAGUUCCGUGAGAUCUAUGGCUUUGCUUUUGGUUGGGCAAAAGAGAAGGGUCAGAAGUCUUUGGCAUUGGAUACUGCAAUAGGGAUGUGGCAGUUGCUUUUUGAAGCAAAGCAUUGGCCAUUGGUUGAUCACUGGUGCCAGUUCUUGCAGGCCCGGCAUAAUAAAGCAAUCUCUAGGGACACCUGGUCUCAGCUACUGGAAUUUGCUAGGAUGGUGGACCCAAUGCUAUCAAACUAUGAUGCAGAAGGUGCUUGGCCUUAUCUUAUUGAUGAAUUUGUUGAAUACUUGAAUGAGAAUGACAUCAUCAAGAAAGGUCAUUUGAACGAUUGGAGCUAGACGUGCUGAGGAUUGCUGGAGAAGUUGUAUGCUAUGUAGUGUAUUCCAGUUGUUCUAUCUUGUCAUUGUAUCAUUUUUACAUGUGAGAUAUGGAAUAGGAAAGAGAGACCCACCUUUGUAUUUGGAUUUUACUUCUCCUCCUACUGGCUGUUGGUAUUCUUACUCUUUCAUCCGCUUCAGCAUUCUUACUAAAAGUUUACUUUUGUCAAAA